CGGUAACUAAAGCAACAUUUCAACUGGAGCGGACGCGUUCAACACCACUCUGCGGGGGAAGACGUCCACAAUGAGGGAGAGACAGAAGAAGAAGAAGGGGAGGACGUGGGCGGAAGCCGCAAAAACGGUUUUGGAGAAAUACCCCAAUACGCCCAUGAGUCAUAAAGAGAUCUUGCAGGUGAUCCAAAGAGAAAGACUUAAGGAAAUAAGUGGAACAUCGCCGCUGGCAUGUCUGAACGCAAUGCUGCACACAAACUCGCGUGGAGAAGAGGGGAUCUUCUACAAAGUCCCAGGCAGAAUGGGGGUCUACACAUUAAAGAAGGACAUCUCAGAUGGGGCGAAGGAGCUUUCCGAGGAGGACUCUGAGGAGAGCAGUGACGAUCUGUCGGACUCCCAAAGCACAGAAAACAACAGCGGCGCCAUCGCAGGAGAGGGCAGGAGGGGAAGGUGGAUGCGAAGAGUUCCCUCCAAGCUGCAGUCACAGCCGUCCUCUCCGCAGCCUCGAUGCUCGUCGCCUUCCGUCCCCGCCAGUAAACUCAUCUCUCCCUCGCAGAAACACGGCAAGAAAGCUUUGAAACAGGCCUUGAAGCAGCAGCAACAGAGAAAUCAGCGCAGACAGGGGGGAAUGCCAACCACCUCCAGUCCUAGACUGCUUCUGAAAACCAUCAAAGAUAUGGCUGACAACAUUACUACAAAGGCUGACUUAUGCCACCCGGUUGUCCCAAGGAAGGUUUCUCAGAGGUCCGGCCGCCUCAGUGCAGGGCAGCUGAAACGUACAAAGUGUAAAAUAGACGUGGAAACACCAGACUCCAUUUUGGUUAACACCAACUUAAGGGCGAUCAUCAACAAGCACACCUUCUCUGUCCUGCCUCCAGACUGCCAACAGAGGCUGCUCAAACUUCUGCCUGAAGUUGACCGGCAGGCUUGCAUGGACGGCCUUCUGAAGGUCACUAGUUCUGCCUUGAACAAUGAGUUCUUCACGUCAGCAGCUCAGUCUUGGAAGGAGAGACUGGCUGAGGGGGAAUUCACUCCUGAGUUGCAGCUACGAAUGCGCCAAGAAAUAGAGAAGGAAAAGAGAGUUGAGCUCUGGAAGGAAGCCUUCUUUGAAAACUAUUAUGGGGAAAAUUCUGGGCUCAGCUUUGAGGAAUCCAAAGAGCUGACAAAGGCUGAUGUGAAUCAGGAGUCUGCCAGGCCCAAGUCCUCCCCUCAUCAGACAGGACCUGCCGCUCAAACAACCAAGGAACCCAAGGGCACCGAGGACGACAGCCGGACCGAUGCUGCUGCUACCGCUGUGAAAGAGACGAGGCCCACAAAGGAGCCUCAGAAGGCACAGGCUGCCUCCACCACUGAGCCCAUGAGGACACGGCGAUCACAGUACGCUGAGGAUCGUAGGUUGAACGCCACAGCGCAGCCCGGGCCAACACCUGCAGCGAAAACACCGGAGGUUGAGAGGCCGACUGAACGGGCCGUGGCAGGUUCACUGCCUGAAAAGAAGCUUAAAGAGGAGGUGAAGGAGGAGGUGAAGGAGGAGAAAACUGAACUCCCCCAGUCGCCUGUGAAGAGCCGUCCACCACCGGCUAGUUCAGAGGCAAACGAGGAUCAGCCAGCGUCUGUGGCUAAGCCUGCUGAGGAGAGCAAAGAGGUCAUCUCUGAGCCUAGUGGCCCCUCAGAGCCACUGAAAAGGAAAUCUCUCAGUGAGAUUGUGGAGGAACUGACACCAGAGAAAAGGCCCCGUAUGUCCUCAGUAUCCUCAGUGUCCUCGGUCUCCUCUGUGUCUCCUCCGGCCUCAUCCAUCUCCAGCCCUGCUACACCAACUUCAGCGACAAAUCAGAGGGUUCCACCACUCAAGGUGGGAAACGUGUUUAUCCCAGUGGCACGAAUUCUCCCCGUUCCUUUGUCACCUAGUCAAGUCUCACCCAGGACUCCCCUCCCGGCUCCGCUUAGCAGCCCGGGCCGUACUGGUGCUCGCACUUUGGCUGACAUCAAAGCUAAAGCUCAGCUUGCCCGAGCGCAGCGAGUAGCGGCUGCCGCAGUAUCAAAGGGAGCGGUACCGGGCCCGGGGCCAGGAGGAGGCAGUGGUGAGCAGACACAGCCGUCGCCCAGCCCCAGCCCAACGUCCCCACAGGCACCAACCAGGUUACCAGCCUCCAGCAGCAGCAGUCAGACCAGUACACCUCCUUCUCGCCCACUGGAAUCUUUUCGCCAGCUAAGCCCAAACUGGUAUCAAACCUCUUUCCCUAAAAAAACUGAUGAAGAACCCAUGUGUCAUUCAGCUGGUUCUGUCAGUGGUGGACCGGAUAGCAUUCAUAUGCAGCACACUCCGUCAUCUGAGCACUCUAUGAAGGGACAGGAAAACCCAUCACUUGCUGGAUCAACCAAGACCAGCUCCUGUAUUCCUGCAAAUAACCCGCUGGUCACUCAGCUUCUGCAGGGAAAAGAGGUUCCGUUGGAGCAGAUCCUCCCAAAACCGCUAUCCAAGGUGGAAGGGAAGAUGUCAAACUUACCCUCUGGUAGUAAGGGGAAGACCCCACACUCUGCUGAGCACAGGGCCGAUAAGCCGCUGUCCCUUCAGUUCAAUACAGCAGGACGAGCAGGACUGGUCUCAGAAUACACGAGACACCACAGGGAACUUCCUGAUAAGGAGACUCAGAACCAGAUCCUGCAGGCUCUAAUGCAGAGGAAAGGCCAGCAGAGCCUGCCUUAUGCUGGUUUGGGGCCUCAGCACAAAGUCCUUCAGCUGGUGGAUGCAGUAGAACAUCAGGACCAAUCCAGGAUUUCGGUAGGAUUUCUGGGUCGUAAGAGGAUGCCCAGGCCCGCCAUGACGGGGCAUUACCUGCUCAAUGUGUCCACAUACGGCCGAGGACCGGAGAGCAAGAGACUGCACCAGUCUGUCAUCCCAAACUUGUCUGUGUCCAGUCUAAAAAGGGAAAGCACAGAAGAAGAGGAGGCAGCUGCAGAAGAAGAACCUGCCAGGAAAUGUUUCUUUCCCGCUUCUGGGGUUAAAACAGAGCAGCACGGAUACUCGAUAACCAAGUCUGAUGACGCAGCGAGCAUUCAGCAUCGCUCCGAUGUUAAGGCUGAGCCUGGAUCAGAGGACAGUGCAGCCGGGGGCGAUAACAACAGCACCAAAGACACCAGCCCUUUUUCUCAGUCACACCGUAGGCACCUCGAACUCCGCAAUAGUAACCAAGGAAACUCCGAGCCAUAUCUUGCCCAAAUGGACCCCAUUCACCAGCGGCAGUCUGCCUUUCACACCCAGAGAACGCUCGAUAAUCAGGAAGUGGUGGCAGCGUCAUGCUACGGUGGCACCAUCAGCAUGUCUGUACCUCACACUUUGAACCACGGCGCCGCAGGCAUCGGCUCUUCCGCAUCCUCAUCGGAGGCUGACGGCGGCCGCGUGCACGGGAGCGUCAUGUCUUUCUCAGUGACCGUCACCACCAUACCUGCCGGACACUCGUUAGACCACGGCGACCAGGGCGAGCCCUCACCGGAGCAGUCCUUCAUCGAGGGCUCCAACAUGGAGGACGUGCAGUCUAAAUGCUACUGCAGACUGAAGGCGAUGAUCAUGUGCAAAGGAUGUGGAGCCUUUUGCCAUGAUGACUGCAUCGGCCCCUCCAAACUAUGCGUGUCAUGUUUAGUUGUGCGAUGAUAUGGAAUUAAUAAUAAUUCGAAUAUAUCAUGGUUUGAUUUGUAUUGAAGCAAGACACGAAGCAGAAGCAGGUCAUUCAGAAUCAAUCACUGCUGGGGUGAAGCGUGUCAGACACACUCCAGAUAAAACAACCAGCAUGUUGCCGCUGUUGGAACGGCAAGGAUUUACACUGGAUGGUCUUUUGUUCCACCAACAUCUAUAAAAAGUUGUUUCAUGCAAUUUUUUGAUUGACAUGUCAAUCAGUUUUCAAUCAAAUCAGUAGUAUGUCAGAUGUGUGACAAAUAUAAAGUCUGGCAAUGUUUGCACUCGGCUAGAAUUAGUGUGAUAUAUAUUUUUUUAAAUAUAUAUAUAUACGUAUAUAUGUGUAGUUUUUAAAAAAAAAAAGGAGGGAAAAAUGAAUGUUGCUAUUUUUGUAGAACAUAAUGACUGUUGUGUUUAAUACUGACACUUUUUAUUACUGGGCCUAAUCAUUUGUGGUUUAAAGGCAAAAAAAGGGCGCUAAUGAUAAUCAUUUGUUGUAGAGUACCUCCUGGCAUUUAUGCACGCAUGGCAGGAAAGUGCAACUCACAGUAACUAUUUUAUAUAAAAACUGUACAUUUAUUACUCAUCACACUCAGAUGUAAGAACUAGAAAGAACAUGUAUAGGUUUAGAAAGAGAAUAUAAAUGGACUUUUCAAUGAUGCCAUAAAAUCGGCUCAUGAGGAUUCCACAUUACAUCAUUUUUUGACUAACAGUUAAAAGGCAAAGCACUUGAAAACCACCUGGAUAUGUGGUAGUAACUGUGUACAGUACUUGCAUUCGAUAAUUAGGGGGGAAUAUAAUAAUUUAUAUAUAAAAAUGCCUAUAUGUUCCUUUUGGCAAUUUGAGAUAUUUUCCAAGUCAAGGUCUAGUCACUUCCUACUGUGUGAACCUUCAUUUUCGCCCCAAAAAAGCCAGUUUGUAGAUAUUGUCUCCCAUUAGGUGAGUUUUUUCAAGCUUGUAUGUUUGUAUUGAAAGAUCAGCAGUGGCAAUCAGUUAAAAAAAAACACUCAAGGCAAGGGGAGAAAGUGAAGAUCAUUUAGUUUUUUCACUGUAAAUAUUUGCUUAUUUACAGCAUAUGCCUAGAUGUAGAAAUGUAUUUUAUUUUAUCCAUGCAGCAAACAUUGCUUAAGUAUAUCCUGUUUAUUACAAAAUUAUUUUUAAUGUGGAAAGAAAAUGGAGAAGAACAGUACGUUAUGCUAAAACGCUAAAUGCUUUAUCAUAGAAUGAUUCAGCAUGGCAUGUUUCAGUUUUACAAAAAUGAUUUGGUGGUACAAUAACGCUGAUUAACAGGCGAGUUAACACUUCCCGUUUAAAUGGCCUUUUUCCCCAGAGAAUUGAGAGCGUUUCCCUUCAUUUUAAUGUGGUGUGAAGUACCGUAAGCACAAAAUAAUACUGGAUCAUGUUUAUAUAAUGUACAACUAUAAUGUUUGCGAUGUACAAUGAUGAAUCAGCACAUUAGUGUUGUGCACACUGUGUUGUUACAACCUUGUAGCUGCAUUUGGAUAAUGUAAACACAGUAUGAGUCCUUACUUAACCACAAAUGAACAUUCAAAAUGCCAGAGUGAAGCGUUACCUCAGCAGGUUUUUUGGUGUUCGUGCUGAUUGCAAAUUAAGACGCAUCAACUUCAAUUUGAAAUCUCCUGGAGGUGCAAAGUAGGCCUGUUUUAUAGCAAUUAUUUCAAGGUAACAUGCCAAAGUCACCUUUAAACAAAGUAAUAUUGUAAUCCUAAAGUAAUAUAUUUUAAUUAAUAUAUUUUGAUAUAAAAAAAUCUAUUUGCUAAUUGUUUUUGAAAAUCAACAGGGUAUUUACUAUAAUAAUAUAUUGGCUGUCCGUUUUUUCCUAUAAUUUAGUUUGGACUGGACAGGCCACCAUACAGAGAAUAACUUUGACUUUUAUAAAUCAAAUUGCCCAGGAAUCAAUAGUCUGUAUGGCCCAGCUUUUGUUAAUUGAUCUGUUGGUCUGUAUUUUUCCAUAGAGACGUUGUUGUAUGUGUGUACCUUUUGAGCUGUCUACAUCUGUGUCAUUACCUUAUGAAAACAAAAAGAUAUGUUUUUAAAGCACCAUUUGUAGGUCAGUGGAUUAAACAAAGUCCAUUUUUAAAUGUAUUUGUCAUUGAAUGGGGACUUAUGUCUUGUGGAAAAUUGGUUUUAAGAUUAUAGGGCUAGAGUCGGGAGAGAUUUCCACAUAUUUAGAAUAGUCAUUUCACUAAAACUGGCGUACCAGUGUUUGAUUUUGUUAACACAAAUUUAAUAUACCCCCCAUAAAUACUACGGUCUUAUUUGGUUGAAUGUGAUGUUAGGAUGUUGUAUUUACUCAUGUAGAGUUGGGGACUGGAUGCACUGCAAAAAAACAGUUAACAAAAACAAUCAAACAACCCAAAAGGCAGCUGAAAUCUUUGUUAAUAAGGACUGAAACGUGAGUCAGGCAGCAGUCCCCGCUGACAUUGAAGUUACCUGUUGUGUGUGUGUGUGUGUGUGUGUGUGUGUGUGUGUGUGUGUGUGUGUGUGUGUGUGUGUGUGUGUGUGUGUGUGUGUGUGUGUGUGUGUGUGUGUGUGUGUGUGUGUGUGCAUUCAGAAGAGCAGUUCAUAAAGCGUUGUCCAGAGAGCGUCAUGGGCAAUCACCACCGUUUGGAAAUGUCAACUUUUUAUCACUAGAUGAAUUAGUUCAAUAUGUCUGUGUCAUUUUGUCUCCAUUUAAACUCCGGGUGAAUGUAAUAUAGUAAUCAGCACUUGUAAACAAAGUGUAUUUUAUCAGAAGUUAUAGACUAUUAUGAAUAAAUA